AUGUCUAUACAGGAUACAUUUAUCGAGGAGGAUGGCUUUGGCUUUUUACCUAAAUCUAACCACGAUAGACGCAAUGGAAAAUUCGAUAUCGUUAGAAGAUACACUCUUACUAACAAGCAUAAAGCAUCGGUGCAAUUAAUAUCUUGGGGUGCAAGUAUUCAAUCCAUUAAAAUCCCAAAUAAAUCCGGCAUCUUGGGUGACGUUGUUCUAGGAUUCGACGAUAUCAAGGGAUAUUUGAAGAACAGGUACAUAGGAAGCAUAAUCGGGCGAGUGGUGAAUCGAAUCUCUUGCGGCACCAUGACAGUGAAUAAUAAAGUGUACAGAUUGUCAGUGAACGGAGAAGACGGUUGCAGUCACGUCAAUGGAGGUUUCCUUGGUUUCGAUAACGUCAACUGGCAGUCUUAUAUACUCGAGAAACAUGUGGUGAUGAGUCAUUAUAGUCCGGCGAAUAACGAAGGAUACCCAGGUGAUAUGUUGACGCAGGUCAAAUUCUGUUGGACAGAUGAUAACCAGCUUCAUGUUAACAUCCGAGCAACUGCGACUCAACCAACACCUGCCAAUAUCACUUUUAACUGCCUGAUGAAUCUUGCUGGGCAUGCAACAGGUCCAACCGAAUUAAAAAAGCACGUGGUCUCAAUUAACGCUGAUAGCUGGACCUAUGCAGACAUAAAGAACAAUUUGCCUACAGGGGCUAUAUUUCCUGUCGAUCGUGCAGUCUAUGAUCUUCGUUUACCGACGCAGCUGACCAAGAAACGGCUUUACAACGUACCAGGGGGUGGUUACAACCAAAACCUCUGCAUCACCAGCCCCAGCUGUUGGUCCUAUCGAUUUCACGCUAGGAUUCUACAUCCUACCUCGGGAAGAACGUUAGAAGUUUAUUCUAAUCAACCAGGCUUGCAAUUUUCUACCGGAAAUCAUCUGCCCGAUCCAGAACGUAGUUAUCCGCCAGAUUUCGAUGAUUUCCACGACUGCGAUUGUGUAAGAUACAAUAAAGUCUGAUCAACUUGUAAUUUUGAAGAGGAGAAACCGGAAAUUUGUGGGAAAGACGGUGUCUGGUACCAAAGACACGGAGGAUUCGUUUUGUCACCCCAAAACUACCCAGACGCUGUCAAUAUUAGCGAUUUUCCUUGUAGCAUACUUUAUCCUGGUAAAGUUUACGUGCACGAUAUCUCAUAUAAAUUUGGUUUACUUCAAAACACUUGA